CGAGUGUUCGUCCUGCAACCGCUCGCGCAAAACACUUGACAUGCAAACAACCGCCCUAUAUCCAUUCACUCGCUUCAUUGGCUCCGCUCCUCGUCAACCUUGCCUGGACGUAGACGGUCUACUUACCACCAUGCGAGCCGCUAUUGCCCAUCCUCCGAUGGCUUGCUGUCAGCUCUCCACCACCCACGUCCGGAUGGCGGCAGCAAUCUCUUAUAUGGCUGCUCGUGGGACUUGAUCGUCCCUUUUUCCCCUCAGGCCGGUCCUGUACUAUUUACCUUGUUGUGUUCUCUGACUCGAUAAGACGAGCUUCUUCUCCCAGUACUCCUGUCGUCCUAGUCUGCCAAAGAAGAGAGAAUAUCUACCAUGGCUCCUCCUGCUCUGCAACUGUUCCCUCCGCCUCCUCCGCCUAAUCAGAAAAAGCCCGUCCAGCAAUGGCCACAGAGGACUACAAGUCGGAAGAAUCCCACCGUUACAGUGUCCGAUUCAAGUCCUACUGUGGAGAGACGAGAGAAUGGAAAGUCGCCGGUCGACCUCCACGAACUUGUGAUCCGUGUGGACUCUCCGGCUAAUGCUGCUGUCCUCCCUCCUCCUCCCCCUCCGCCGGCGCCGGGUGGUCUACCAAGACUCAAGGAGUCAAAAAAACCACACAUUGCAGAGCCGCGAACGACAUCACACCAGCACACGUCGAACACUACAUCUACACCGCCUCUGCCUCCGAGGGCUCAUUCAGUCUCACCAGCCGCUGCACCAGAACGACCUCAAGUCGUUGUAUCCCCAACAUCUUCUGAUUCUCAAGUGCCACCCGGGACGGCAGUAUCUCCCCCAGGCAACGUCGUUGUUUCACCUGCUGGGACUAAUGUAGUCUCUGCAACUUCAAGGCUCACCUCGUCAGUUAGUCCAGAUGAGAAAGCCACUUCUCCAGCUCUGUCCGGAACGACCGCUCGAUCCCCUACAAGCCCACCUCCAAUGCGCUCCAUGUUUCCCCAGUAUAAUCCGGGUUUGCCCUUAGACCAACAGCCAUACAAGCCAACUCAGUCCUCACCAACGCACAUUCCUAUGAGUAAGAUCAGCCGGCCACUCUACUCUCCAACGAAAUAUACUCCCUACGCGAAUCUGGAGCACGGAGACGAGGUCAAUAUGCCGGCGCCAACUCCUUACUAUACGCCAGCCUCAAUGCUUGACUCACUAUGGGAUGCUACAAACGGACAAGGCGUCCCUGUCGUUCAGACGUUUACUCUCCAGAUGCACAGACAUCCAGCAUCGAAGAGCAAUACCGAGCCACAGAUCUCGUUCGGACCAACGCCUUCGCAACCAUUCUACACUCUCAGCCACACUGACAUACCCCCUGGACCCGGCGAACAGGAGAACGAUGAUGAUGACGAUGAGCACGAACUUAUCAUCCGUCGACACCAUCCUACCAAACCUACAAACGUACCAGUCACUCACCUUACCCUCUCCCCCACUCCCACAAUGUCAAAAACUAGAGCAGGCCGGGAUCCCGACCCAGCAUCCAUAAUCACAACCAUAUACCCCAAGCUCGCCGCCUUGAACGCCCUCGAUAUCGCUUCCAACUCCCCUGCCGCCGCACACAUCGCUGCAUUCGACCCAGACGCCACGUCCGACGCAGCCCAGCGGCUAGCAGAAGACGUCCUCCGCGGCACCGCAGAGCGCGAAUGCUGCGCUCUCGUCUGGACACGCGGUACCUCCACACUCCCUCCCCAGCACAACCCGUCCACGAAAUCACCCGGUACAUACGCGCUGCACCAUCCCACCCUCGGCGUCUUCGCCAUCAGCCACGAAGGAGACACGUCUCCAGGCCUGUCGCCCGUCCUCGGCUCCCUGCCCUUCAGCUCCCGCGCGCCCUCACCCGCACUCACGCGCGGAAACAAUAAACCCACUACAAUCACAAUCUCACACCCGUCCCUCACCCCCGGCACACCGCUCGCGAAGCUCGACUUUGGCGCCGACACGCUCGUGCUCAACAUCUCCGCCUUUCUCUCGUUUUCGAAUCCAUAUCUCAUCGAUGUGCUCGUCUCCGCUAUUCUCGCCGUCGCGCUGGCGGAGGAGAAGAGGCUGCGUAAGGCGAUCGCGUUCGCUGCCCCGCCGCAGGGGGUCGGGAUGCCGUACUCCUUCUCUACUGCGCCGGGCUUGAGCGUCGCAGACGAAUCGAAGGUUAAGCGGAAGCGGCUGUUCAAGUUUAUGAAAUCCAAGGCUGGUGUCAAGGCUGUGCUUCCGCCGAGCCAUAUGUACAAGAGUGCGCCGGGCAGCAAGGGAGAUCUGGCACCGGCGGGAGUCGUGGAUAAGGAGAUGCUCGGCGGGGUGGAGAUGGGCAGUGUGACUGCGCCUCCACAUUUUGAUGGACCAGGACGUGAGGUUGUUGGGAAGGUGGGGGAUGAGGAGAGGAUGCCGUUUGUCACGCGGACUAUUGUGACUGUGUUGGGGGUGGGGUUCAAGACUGUGGUGUGGGUGUUGAGCGUGACGUUCAAGAUUGUGGCUGGUGUGGUGACGAAGUUCGAGAUGCCCACAGAACUAGAAGAGUUGGUAGAAUUCCUACACCAUGGCAACACGCAAAUACGUCAAAUCGCGGCCGAAAACCUCGUCGGAUACUCCCAAGCUCAGCCGUCAAUCUUCAAGACUGGCGAGUUGACGCCGGUCAAAGACUUGAAGCUCCUCGUCAAGGACUACCCGCCCAUCGCCAAGAAUGCCCUGACCAUACUCAUAAACAUCUCUGAUGACAAGGAGGUGCUGGAGAACCUGGUCAAGGAUGAGGCGUUCAUGGAGACGCUGUUGCUUCGUAUUACGAACCAAAAAGAACCCAACGCAAACGAACUCGCCAUGCUCCUCGCCAAUCUCGCCAAAUCCGACGCCAUCCUCACCCUCCUCACGCUCAAACGCGCCGUCCCGUCCCCGCUCUCCACGUCCGCAAACGCCAUGGACCAGCUCAUGGACUGCUUCGUCAAGGGCGCGGCAGGCAGCUACAACAAAGACGCAGACUACGACUAUCUCUCGUACCUCUUCGCCGACAUCGCAAAGCACGCCUCCGGCCGCACCUACCUCACCACGCCCCAGCCCCACGACAAAAACACCAUCCCCCUAACCAAGCUCCAAGUCUUCACCACCCACCCGUCCCACACCCGCCGUCUCGGCGUAGCCAGCACCCUCAAAAACGUCGCCUUCCACCUCCCCGCCCACCCAAUCCUCCUCUCCCUCCCUUCCUCAUCCCCAUCCCACAACACAACCACCUCCUCCCUCCUCCCCUACAUCCUCGAACCCCUCAUGGGCAGCGAAGAAUACCCCGACUCGGACACCGAGGGCAUGCACGACGAGCUACAACUCCUCCCGCCCGACAAGCAGCGCGAGUCAGACUUGCAGAUCAUCAAAUUGCAUCUCGAGACGCUCAUGUUGCUGACGACGACGCGGGCGGGCCGGGAUGAGUUGCGUGGGCGGAAGGUGUAUCCUGUUGUGCGGGAGCUGCAUCUUGCGGUUGAGGAUGAGGGGGUCAGGGAGGGCUGUGAUCGGUUUGUGCAGGUUGUUAUGCGGGAUGAGGAGGGGGAGGAGGGGGAGGGGGAGGGGGAGGGUGAGGUUAGUAAGAGGGUGGAGGAUGUGGAGAGUGGUGGCGUCGUGGAGAAAGGGGAGGGGGAGGAGGAUGACGAGGAUGAUGAGGUUAUUGAGGUGUUGUGA